AUGAAGAAAAGUGCACAAGAAGACAAGAAAAACGUGAGCCGAAAACAUGUCUAUCAACUUAUUACUAGCAUCACUCCCGCCCGGUGGGCAACUUUUCUUUUCAUGAAUAAAACUCAGAUGCAUGUUGAUACGAACACAACAACAGAAUAUUAUCAGCAUUGGAUAUGUUACACUUUUGGCAGUUUGAUUUGGCGGUUAGCUUGCUGUUGCUUGUUGUACAACAAAAAGAAGAGGAAAAUAGAAGAAAUAAAAAAUGAUUUUGCUCAAAAACGUGAAGCUUCAAAAUCACAACAUUCAUUGAUGAAGUAA